UUCCACUUCAACAUGAUGUGCAUAAACCUGAUUAGUGUUUUAUUACUAAUAGCAAUUGUUUCCACUAUACCAGCGGAGUUAACAUGCGGUUUAAACGAGGUAAUAGACGACUGUCCAGUAGACUGUCCGUACGAUUACUGCCCUAAAGAUGAACACCAGGAUAAGAUACCAUGUGCAAAGCCGAAAGAGUGUCCACCAGCCAAGUGCAAAUGCGGUUUUAACUAUAGAAAGGCUGAAAAUGGCACUUGCAUCCAUACAACUGAUUGCCCUCCUUUCGAAUGUUCCCGACCGAACGAAAUUUAUCAGUCAUGUCCAUCUUACUGCCCUUCGGACGAUUGCAGCGAGGCAUCUGCACAAGGCAUUUGUCCUUACUGGCUAUUGAUAGUCGUUCAUUGCAGUCCGCGAUGCAAAUGUAUUGAACAUUACUGGAAGAAGGAUGGUCUUUGUGUACCUUAUGAGGAAUGCCCCAACGUGAUAAGCAGUUGAAGAUAAUUAGCCGAUGGAUUCAUAUCAAGUUGGUCCGGAGUAACAAACUUUUGCGGAUAUUUGCAUUAAAAAGGAUUUAGUAAUAAUGCAGCCAAUUAACUAUAAUUCAAAUUAUUACUAUUACCGUAUGAUAAUAAUUUUCUAAGCAUACGUACAAUAAAUAAAUUUAACAAGCAUUUUGGCUGAGUUGUUUGAAAGGACUCGCAAGCAAGGCAUACCAACUAUCUUGCAACUUCAGCUUGCACUAAGUACGUAUUUUACGACUUAUUUACUAGGUACUUAAUGACCCUAAAAACAGCAACAUUUUAAAGUGAUAAGGAAUAGGACGGGGGAGCGCACUGUUCCGCAUGAGUAGGUCAACUUGACUGUAACAUAGACAUUGAGUGAGUAUAAGGAAGUUACAUAAAAAAAAACGUAAUUGAUAAAACUUUAAUUAUUUGACAGCUGAUU